UUAGCAAACAUUUGCCCGGGGGUGUGUGUUCAGUCGGGUCAACUAAUUUAAGUUCUUGUGACUGACAGCAGAGACGAAAACACAGCAUAAGUUUUUUGCAAAGUUUUUGUUGAGAAAAAAAGUCAAAAGCAGCUUUUAUGGUGCACCAAGUGUUUUAGAAAUGAUCAUAAAGAAGGAAGUGAUAGACGAUGGGGAUGCCGAUGAAUCCAUAGCAAGGGAGGAGUUGGAAAUAAUGCCAUCCGAUCCCGAAGACUUUGAUGGCGGCGGCGGUCUUGUUUCACCCGAAUGCAGUGCGGGUCCCCCAGUUCACGAUGAAACUCUCGAGCGGAAUGCGCCCGGAACGGAUGAAAUUGGGCAGUUUAAGGAGCUGGGGCAGACGGGAUAUGGUUUGCGGGUGCCACUGCUGGAGUGUCAAUACUGCGAAACAUUUUACUUUUCGGUCGAUUCUUUCCGGCAGCAUUCCGCAUUGCACGGCACUCGCAAUCUCGAAACCAUCUACAAUUGCCGGGAGUGCUUCCGGGGAUUCUGCACGGAGGAGCAGCAACAUGUGCACGAGCGCAAUCAUUCCGGAGCUAAACCGUAUAAAUGCGAAGUUUGCAACGAGCAAUUCUCCUUUCUACGCAACCUGGAGUACCACCUCCAAAUGCACGGUGGUGUACGAAUCUACAAAUGCCAAAUGUGCGAUAAGAACUUCCUGCAGAUCCACGAAUUGAAUUCUCAUCUAAAGUAUCACGCUGCUACUGAGGAAACCACAUCGCCGCAAUCUUCACUGCUGCACUCGUCUUCUGUGGUAAUCAACGGGGGCACUGUGUCGCCCUUCAAGAGGAGCGGUGUUGAGCAUAGAAAUGCAUCGGAGAAUAUAUCAGAUCCGGCGAAUUUGUUGCAAGCCGUGGAAGUAGUGACAACUGAGGAGAGAGUUAAGCGCGAACAGGAGGAUCAUGUUACUGAAUCAGGAACAGACUACCAUCCAGACUGCAAUGAUGAUAAUAAUUCCGAAGGUGGCAUCAUAGAUCUCCUGCCACGGAAUACAGGAAUGAGCUACAGUGUGGAGGAGAACAAGUUCACAUGCAAGAGAUGCGGAUUGGAAUUCAAAUCCUUCCGAUUGCUGCAACUUCACAAAAAGACCCGAAAGGGCGUUCGGUGCCCUGUAUGUGCGGAAAAAUUCUGUUCCAGCACCCUUUUGGAUGAUCAUCUCACGGGACAUUCAUUGGAGCGCACGGAUAAUGCAAAUGCCGGGACACAAGUUGGAUCACAGUAUUGCUUUGCAUGCAAUAGUUGCAUAAAAGUUCCCACUGAGAGCAACAUAAUGAAUUUUGAGGGGAAAAUCUACUACAGAUGCAAUGAUUGCAUCAACAUCAGUAUGGAUGCAACGGUGAAGAGGGAACUCAUUGAGGAUACCUUCUCCCGGGUUUACGAAGGACAUGGGGUCUUCUCAAAGGACGACACAGAUGAGACAACUAGUCAGGAAGAGGAGCCACCAGACAUGAAGAUGGAGGCGGGAUCCAGCGAUGAGUAUCAAUGUGCGCACUGCAAGGUUAAUUUUGGCGGAGAAUUCGCAUUGAAGACACACAGGAGGAAAACCAUUGAGAGGAAGUGUCCAAAGUGCGAAAAGCCCUUUUGCAACAUUAAACUCAUGCGGAGGCAUAUGCGUGACCAUGAGAGGGAUGAACAGCCAAAGGAUGAGAAGGUUUUCCAAAUGCCUCUGCCGCCGCACAUGAAGAGAUCCUUCAAUCAACCAAGUACAUCGUAUGAUGCUGGAAAAACAUUUGAAUUUAGUCACUUUGUCGAUAGUAAUGACACCACCACUGAGCCACGGAGGGUCACCGAUGAGAAAUUCACCUGCCCCAAGUGCGGCAAAGUUGUGACGGGAAAGGGGGCUCUUGCAGCACAUAUUGCUCAUGCACACAAGGAAAAGAAGACAAUUUGUCAGCAUUGCGGGAAAGGUUUUGCCUUCUCCAAAAUUCUCAACAUGCACCUGGCAUAUCGCAUGAGGAAAUCCUUCCCCCUUGCUUGCCGCUACUGCCCGCAUCGCUAUCGCAAUCAGGCUGAAUUGACUAAUCAUGAAUUGUAUCACAAGAGGAGAGGUGUCCCCGGAGGAAGGCCCACGCAACCAGGGAGCGCAACAGACGUAAAAUCCCCUGAGAAUGAUUCAAAGGAGACACAUGAAAUUGCAAGAUCUGAUGGGAAUAUAAUGAUUAUUCGUAAAAAGAAGAUGAGAGUGAAUGAGGGUGCAGUACCAUUUAUUCUGCAGAAUGACAAAUACUUCGAGGAGCUCUACACGGAGAAGAAUGGGAUGUUCUACUGCAAUCAAUGCCCGAAUUUCUACAAAAUUCGCAAUGGAGUGAAGGCGCACAUCUACAAUGCUCACAGAGAGAAGCCGCACACGUGCAAAUACUGCCGGAUGCCAUUCCCCUUUGAGAAAAUGCUGGAAUUCCACCUAAAACGCCGUAAGGAUCUCAAGUGUGAAGUGUGUAACGAUAGAUUUUGCUCCUAUGGCAAGCUAGAGCAGCACGUGAGGACACACAAAAUGAUGCACGGCAAUGUGACAAUGCCCAAAUCCAAUGAUGCUCUAAUUAAGAGAGUCAUGCAGAAUUCUGAAAUUGAAAUUGCUCUCGUGAAUGAUGAGGAUAGGACCGUGGUUAAGGAGGAAGUAGUCAACAGACCUAAAUUAAUGUCUCACUUCUUGGGAGAUGUGCAAGAUUCCAUUCCAAGGAUGUUGGAUCAAAAGGCAAAUCUAACAGCGGUGGAGCAGAAACCCGUAUUGGAGCAGAAAUGUCCACUUUGCGAUAAAAUUAUGGGCAAACGUGAUGUACUGAAUGAUCAUAUAGCAACGCAUCUCAAGAGGGUGGGAGAAUAUUUUCGAUGCAAGGAUUGCGAUAGUAAAUUCCUCUAUCCAAUCUACCUGGUGCGACACUACAAGAAUCGCACAGUUACUCAAUGCGAAACGUGCCAGAAGACUUUCUGCUCAGACCUCACGCUGGCCACACACGAAUGCUAUGGGCAGUCCGCUAAGAGAUCCCGAACACAGAGUGUUUCAUCGGAGGAUGAAAUCCUUCCCAAACGUACAAGCCGGGUGAAUGGCAUUGAAGGAAGACUAACGAAUACGAGUGCAGGGCAGCGGGAGAAUAAUAUUGCAAACAUCACACACGAUUGGGAGGGGAUGAUUAAUCAAAAUAAGCCAUGCAAAUGCAAUUUCUGCGGGAAAGUCUAUGGUAAACCCGGAGGACUUGGACAUCAUCUAUCCACCAUGCAUGCCGUGGAGACAUUCCCAUGCAAGACAUGCAAUUCGGUCUUUUCCUCCCUCAAUGGCCUGGUGCGGCAUAAGAAUAUGCGCUGCGAGAAUCCACGAAUUAAUCUCCGUAGCUCAACUUUGGAAGUAAAUGGAGCUUUAACGAAUAUCCCCGAAGGUGCAUCCAAGCCAAUAGUGGAGAAAACAAAGGAGGAGAGUGAAGGGGUAAAUGAUGAAAAUGAUAAAAUAAUAUCUGAUGCAACCAAAGUACCCGCAAUCGAAACGGUUGACAAGGAAUUGAGUACAGGUGAAGAGGUGCCCCAGAAGACGCCUGAAAGUCCCGAAAAAACCCCUGAUGUGGGACAUCAUGAGAAGAAAGAGAAAUGCCCAAUUUGUGGGGAUAGAUUUGAACUUAGGUGUGGCCUAUCGGCACACAUUCGGCGUAAACAUAAAGAUGCCAAGCCAUAUGCUUGUGAGAAAUGCGGAAGUGCUUUCCCCUAUAUGAAGGCACUUGAAUUACAUAAGAAAUAUCAUGAAGAAUCUGAGGGAUUGACAAGUGAUCAACAAACACCGAGUCAACCACCAAUGCGGAGACAGCGUCGUGGUAGGAAGAACACUCUCCAAGAUAAGGAUCUAUCUACCCUUGAGCCAGAAGAUAAAUCACCAACUAAUAAGACAGAUGAGGAGCAAACAAAAGUUGCAUCAGUUGAGACCAUUGAUAUGGAGAUCGACGAAGAAUUAUCACCUGGAUUUGAUUCAAGUGUUCAACCAUUGGAAGAACAAUCUCUAAAGUAGAAAUCGCCACAGUUAUUUAGACUAAAAAAAUAAGGCUUUUCAUAAGCAGCAGAAUAAAUAAUCUUUUUUCUUUUCUACCAUCAAAUAUGCCCCCCAUUGGAUGUAAAUAAUAAAAGAAAAUUUGUUUCAUUGAAAAUUCAA